CUACAAAAUAUCAGUUGAAGUAGUUACAGAAUGAACCAUGGCAGUUAGGCAGCUUGCUGUUCAAAAGCAUAGUUUGCCUACACCAAAAUCAGGCAAGCAGGACACGUGGUGUGCACUCUUCCCAAAGGAUGUUAAAACUGAACAGAAAAGUUUGCAGUUUGUGAAGAAACUUCUUGCUGUGGGCAUUUCAACUCUCACAUAUUUGCGAAACCUUUUUCCUGAGACAGCCUACAGAGAUCAGAAUUGUGAGGGCCUUGAUCUGAAGAUCUUGAUAACGGAUACAGAUCCGGAUGUAGCUCCUCUCAUCGACUGGAUCAGUGGAGCUUUUGAUGCCGUAGAUAAGAAAUAUCUUCGUCAACUGACACUUGCAAUCUCCUGCAACAAGAAUCCUGAUGACCCAGUGCUGGAAGAGUACUCCUUCUUCUUCACAUAUGGAGAUGAUGGAUCUGCAUCAUUGAAUGCUAUCUCUUCCUCCAACAUCAAAACAACUUGCGAUGGAAGAUCUGGCAAAAAAUUCUCCAAGCAUGAGGUUCGCAUGUGCACGAAAAAGUUACUCCGAUCCAUCAUUAUUCUAACUCAGACUAUGCCUUUGCUGCCCAAGAAAGUCUAUAUGACCAUGCGAAUUCUAUACUACGAUGAAGUCACUCCUGCCGACUACGAACCCCAGGGCUUCCGUAGCACCACCAUCAGCAGCUAUAGUUUCCCGUUCGAACCUGCCGUCUUCACGAUGGGUAAAGUGAGCACUGGACACCACUCUCUGACUGUGAAAUUGCGCGUUGCCGACGAGCAAUUUCCUGGUGACCCUUCCCAAUCUCAGGAUACAGGGAGUAGCCAAGAAGCUGCCGAUGGACCAGCUGCAAUUUUUGCGGUUGUUGCUGCUGUGCCAGACUCGAAUCAUCUCACCACAGUUACAACUACCAUAACUGCUUCGCCUGCUGCUGUUGCAGCUGCUUCUUCUUUGCCUGCUGCUUCGCCUUCGUCUGCUGCUAUUCCUUUGUCUUCUGCUUCUCCUUUCCCUGCUGCUGUUCUUUCUACGGAUGCGGCGGUGCAGUUGGAAUCGCCAGGUGACCCGAACGCUACCAGCACGCCUCUGUUGUCGUCUUGCUUGUCGCUGCCUUCUUUAGUAGACAACCCUCGUCUUGAUGCGGAAAUCUUGGCAACUGCCUCUGUUGGUUGUACAUCAAUCGCGCCACCCGACGUUAGUUUGAACGCAAACAGAGAAGUUAGCACCAACGACGAAACUAUUGGAAUAUCGAUUGCUGGACGAGAAAAUAUGAAUUUGAAUAGUUCUGUCAUUUUGAUGGACAUUGGACCAUCAGUUGAAACAAAUAACGGGCCACGUGCAAUGGAAGAUGAUGAUUCAGAUUGUAUCGUGGUUUCUGGAGGCUACGAUCGGAAUAUUAGAAAACAAAGCCAGGAUUUUGAAACAAAUGCGGAUGGAAACUUCAGGCGUUCGACGGGUCUCCGUCGGUGCAAGAGCAACUUUUGGACCAGCCCUCUCUCUUUGGUGCCGUGUCUCAGCAAGGAGAAGCCUCUUAAUGUUCCCAAAGGAUCACAGGAACAACAAGUACCGUGCGUUGUCACCGACUCGAACGCCGGCUCCUCAGCCACCAAACAGAAUGCUCCUCUUGACGAUGGUGGCUGUUCUUCUACUUUGAGCGAGUUUGCGGUCAAACUCGAACAUCCUCAAGCGGCGACAAUCCAAGAUGUAAAAACUAUUGACCUUGUCGAAAACGACUUCAGAACCGGAAGUCCAAUGACAUCUGGUGAAGUAGAGCUGAACAAAGUUCAACAACAACUCCCCAAUAAAAGGGAGCUUGGUGAAGGCGAUGAGACGCCACUGCUUUUCUCUCUUACUUCAGAGGAAAUUGGGGAGCCGUUAGAUUCGAAGGAAGGUGUCAAGUGCUCCGAGUCGCCGAUCUUAAACGAAAAUUUAUCAGCCUCUGUCACCCCGUACCACACUCCCUCUCUGAAAGCCCCCGGAUCUGCGUGUUCGGCAGUGUCGCAGUGCAGCAUCCGCAGCGUCUCUGUUGCACUCGCUCCUAGCCAGCCCAGUCCAGGCUAUCCAGUCCGCUGUGCCUGUCUCGCCAACGUCGAUCAUGGCCUCAUGAUCCUUUGCGAUGUUUGCGGCAACUGGCAACAUGGCGCGUGUUUCGGUAUCAUACGCGCUGAAGAUGCUCCAGAACGACACGUCUGCCAACUGUGCUCUGAUCCGCCUGAUCUAUGCACUGACCCACGCUUGUGCUACUUGUCCAGCGUGAAGCUGGAAGAGACGUGUUUGUUUCGACGCUGCGUAGCCAUGCUGCGAACGACCGACGUCAACGCCAACACGGAGCUGAGCACCGUCGCGCUGGCGCACAGCCUGCAGUGCGAUAUCUCGAAGGCAACUUUUGUCGUGGAGCAGCUCAUAAACGCUGGUGUGCUCAGCACAGUUAGGAACUCUGCCAGGCGCAGCUCGGCCAAAAAGUUAAUUGUGAACACAGAAACGCUGGAGAAUGAGGCGGUGCCUAAGUUCUUCGGGAAGCGGAGCUCCCAAAGAUUGGAAAGCGAGGAACCAUUACCUGUCGAAGAAUCGGCAACAGCAGGGACUUCUCAAGAAUGGGCGCCGCGGCCAAAGAAGAUUAAAGCAUCCAUGUCGACAACGGUGAUGGAAAAAACCCCUCAAGCCAAGCGAUAGAAAAGAAAUUUGCAACAUGAGUGCUGCUGAUUGAUAGAACGGAUUAAUAUGUUGAAAUCAUAGGUUGAAGGUUUUGUUACAGGAAUCUCUUAAGACUGAUAUCAAGAGGAAGCUUAUAUUAUUUUACAAAGGAAGUGAUCUUAUUUUAUUUGAUAACGUAGAGAUAAUAAACGCGGCUUUGAGUUAUCAAAGAAUAGACUUUAAAAUAUCGUAGAUUUAGCAUAACUAUAAUGAAUAAACUAUUCACUAUAUAUAAGUGAAAGAAAAGACUUCGUGAUCUGCAAACGUUUUAUAUUAAUAGUCAAGUAUGUUACUAGAGUCGAUAGAAAGUAAGGACGCCAUUAUUACUAUUAGAUUUAAACAUGCUGGUUUUUGAACAUUUUAUUGUUAGCAUUUGAACAUUCUAUAGUACAUUCAUUUUUAAGC